AUGUCUGUAAAGUUCAGCAAAGGUGGUUUCUUUUCGGAACGACUAAUUCGUAAAAGAGAUGUCAGCGGAGAGUUUUUGUGGAAAGGUGGUAGGAAGACUGAUGAAGUUGAGGAGAGGUUGUCGUCGGUAAAAAAAAAUGGGAACGAAACGGAAGACGACUGCAAUUUAUUAAAUUUGAGGAUGAUUGAUAGCUGA